AUGGGCGCACACGGACACGAGACGCUUCUGAAGGACCCCGCUAUUGAGGAGUGGGUGUGGAUGAGGAACAACACGCACCGGUACUUCAAAUUCACCCGGCGCACUGCUCCCGCACUGGUGACAUUCGGGCUGGUCGUCCCAGCACUGACCUUCUACUUUGCCUCUGCUACUCAGGACAAGGUCGACCUCAAGCCGAUGGUCAAGAAGUCUUGGGCCGAGGCGUAUGCCGAGAAGAAGAGCGAGUAG